UAAACGUUUAGGAUCUCCGCGGAGAACCGUUACAACUAAACUCUUAACGUUGCAGUUAGCGGCGACUUUCGUUGCAGUAAAACUCAGCGACCGUCCCUUUGUCAUUCGCAGCGCGUCAGACGGAAAAACAGGGAGAAGGCGGUUGCUCGUGCACUACAACGACCAGCGUCGUCCGUCAUGAACGCGAGGCAGUGUAAACACAACACCAGGAACAUGAAAAGAUCGGGUGACAGUGAGGGGGAGAAGAGAAGAAAGAGGUAUCGGCUACUCAAGGAGUUGGGAGACCAGAAGAUCCCCUUUCUGGGACCUUCAGCUCGAGGAUAUCAGCAACUGUGGGAUUCCAGUUACUCGGGUUUGGCGUUCAGAAAAUCCUGUUCUCUGCCUGCUGAGCUGCAUGGUCGGGUUCAGGCCGCUCUGCUCACCCUCAGAAGGAAGGGCUGCCUCCUGAAGGAUCUGGUUCGUGUUCGUGAUCGGGACGUGUUCACCGCCGUGUCGCGAGCACUGCUGGGUGAGCCAGGCCACACCUACCGCUACCUGGACACUCGGCUCUUUGCUAUUCCCUGGCACAGUGAAGACACAGAGGUCAAGGGGCAGAACUGUUGCGAUGCAGACCUGAGUGCAGCCUGCAAGGCUCUGUGUGAGCUCAACAGCUACUUCUGCUCUGAUGUGUCUCAGCUGAAAGAAGAGGACAGGCUAGCACAGUGUUUGAAGGUCGAGGCAGAGGCCAGGCUAGGUGAGGAGGGGGACACGGACUCUAAACACAGUGAAGACUCCAAGAACAGUGAAGGAGGGGACACAGAGUCCAGGCAAAGUGAGGAGGUGGACACAGAGUCUAAGCACAGUGAGGAGUGGGACAUUGAGUCCAAGCACAGUGAAGAAGGCUGUUCUGGGUCAAAACAAGAAGGGGAGUGGGAAACGGAGUUCAAACACAGCGGCGAGGAGGCCGAGUGCUCACUACUCACAAAAAGCAAAACCGCUGCUGCAACAACUUCCGAACCCAGUGAAGGAAAAUGCCCGAGCUGGGCGACCAAGGCCGGCAGCGAGACAGGAACUGAGUCUGCAGAGGCCCACGAGAAGCCCGUGGCGCAGCUGAAGCACAGCCGGUCAGAUCACCACAUUCAGGACAAGGAGCAACAUGAGGCUGGUCAGGGCUGUUCCCAGCCCUGUCCUCCACAGGUGUGCACUGGGCCGGUCAAGUUCAACGUCACCUUACUCAACUACAUGGACCCAGCACAAAUGAGCCAGCUGAAGGAGGAGCCAUACUACGGAAUGGGGAGAAUGGCGGUAGGGUGGCACCACGACGAGAACCUGAUCACUCAUUCUCCAGUAGCUGUUUACAACUUUAGUUGUCAUGACGACAAAGGUGGGAGCAGCGAAGGAGGCAGCGGCGAGGAGGCUUGCUGGAGGAUCGGGCUCAAAGUGGCCUGGGACAUCCACACACCUGGCCUGAUGCUGCCGCUGGGGUCUGGAGACUGCUAUUACAUGAGAGAUGACCUGAACAGCACCCACCAGCACUGCGUCCUGGCUGGAGACACGGCACGCUUCAGCUCCACGCACAGAGUGGCCGAGUGUUCCAGGGGGACCCUGACCUACAUCCAGUCACGGUGCCAGGAGGCCCUGUCCAACCUGCACACUGACCCAGAGACAGGCUCCCACAGCCUGCUGGCCCUGCAGUCAACAACGCUACAGCAUGUCGAGGACAUUCACAAUGAGGUGGAGUUUGAGUGGUUGCGACAGUACUGGUUUCAGGGCCAGCGUUACGCUCGCUUCUGCAGCUGGUGGACCAGACCCAUGGAGCAAUUGGAGAAGGACUGGAAGCUCAUGGAGACCAUGACGAUGCUCUUCCUGUCGACGGUGGAGGAGGACGGCCGAGCAGAAGAGGGAAGGAGGGAGAUGGCAGAAAUCUUGCUGACUGCCCUAACAGACAGACAGCAGCAGAGACAGACGUGGAGAGACAGGUGCCACUCGAGCCUGGCCCAGACGUUACCCCCCGAGGAGGCCCCAGUGGACCGACCUUUCUGGGGCGUGGACGACCCCCGGCAUGCCUCUGCCCUUUGAUCUGGCUGACAUCAUCAACAGAGUGGAGUCGCUGCUAUGGAGGAUGUGAAUGUUGGCUAGAAAAUCCAAGGAGGAAACAGAAGAACCGAACCCACCAGCUUUUCUGAAUGGUUGACACGUCAGCUGAGGGGACUGACCGCUGCUGUGAUCCCACCGAGAUAGAACUCCUUUAGGCUGGGGCUCCUACGUCUCCUCCCUUCCAACCUCACCUUCCAGCGACCCCCAGCAGGUCCCGGCCUCUCAGCCACGUGGACCUGGACUUGGCUGGAGGGAAACCAGAGCCCCGGUAGAUUCAUCGUAGUGUUUCAGUAACACGCUAACAACGCAACGCUUAGCAUCAAGCUACUAGCGUCACAACAGUCUAAUGAGUCUGUUUGCAUUCAUUGUGUAACUAUUUAUUAUUUCUGUGUUCUCUGUUGCUCAGUCCCAUGUAACCCAGACAUGCUUUUACCAGUGGAAGGACUCAUUCUCAGUAGCUACAGCGCAGUACCCACAUAUAUGCUUUCAGCUCCUCACACAGUAUUAUACUACAGUACACAAUACUCACUUUGCUCACAUGGUAUUGCAUCUUUCACUUGUGUAUGGCGUAGCCUCUUGAAUUGUAUUUGGAAGUGGAAAGAGCCCGAAGAGACCAAAGAUGGACCGAGACUGGAGGUUCUGAAUGUGGACCUUGUGGAGAACAUGAAGAACGUGUCGUGUUUUGGUGUAGUGGUUUGCUUGGGCCAUUUAUUUGUGCGAAUGUGUUCGUACACUUAGCCAUGUGAUCAGUCGUCAGCUUGCGUGUCUUGUGUCUGUCUCCCACCCGUUUACAUGAAGACAUGAGUGCGUGUGCGUGUGCGUGCGUGUGUGUGUGUGCCUGCAAGGAUGUCUGUAAGUUGUUUGUUCUUGAAGAAUGUGCACGAGGAGGAAUGGAGUCUUGCAGCGGCGCCCCCUUACUGCUGCUGCGCUCUGAUGAAAGGCAGCGCUGAUGGAAUGACCCGGAACACAACCGCCGUUUCUCAUAAUUACAGCUGUUCAAUCGCUUUUAAUUACUCUUAAAGCGUGUAGAGCACCACGUUCCCCCUGUAAUGCUGCGGGCCAUCCGAGAGAGCGAGAGAAAGAUCCGGAGCUUCUGACAAAAUCCACUUUCAAAAUAAGCUUUAGGGGGGGGGGGGGGGGGUGGUGUAAGCGAUGAAGCAACCCUGUUCGUUUGAUUUCUCUCUAUCUAGAUCAGGAUGAAGUAGAAAUGCUGUUUACUAUUAAAAAUGCAGAAUGCACUCUUUUUUUUUUUUUUUUUUUUACUUCUGAGGUUUUCUCCAAGAUGUUAAUGGUUGCCAAACGCUGUUCUUCUUACUCUGCGCCUUUGUUGUUUGUUAUUGUCAGAGACUUGUUUGUAGAUCAGCAGUAGUGUUGACUUGUUUGAAUCACUCUGUGCUCCCUGCGCCUCAUCUCGUCUGUCUGAAGCAAUAGGAAUGGCAGUAAAGUAAAAAGAAAUGUGUUUCAUCCUG